UUUUUUGCGAAAAAAAGGAAAAAAAGAGUAUAUUUUGUAAUACGUAGAGCAUAAGAGGAGGAGAUGAUGUAUAAAUAUAGCAUAUAUUCCAAUCAUCCUUAAGCUGGUUUACGCUAGCUGUGCUUGUCGAACAAAUAACCACAAACCACCUCUCAAAGAUAUACCAAUUUUUGAAAAACCUUCCCCAUUUUUCCCUCUGCUUACAUGUAGUUGGGAGGGGUUGGUUUUUGUUUUUUCUUUUCUUUUCUUUUCUUUUUCUUUUUGUUGUCUAUGGUUCUUCUGCAUUAGGCUUAUAGCGUCCUGGGUCUUCAUCUAAUUUGGUUUUUACAAUUUUUUUUUAUUUAUAUUUUUUUGUAAAAGUUGGGAAAACCCAGGAAGCUUGUGAGCAUGGUGGUGGAAGAGCCCGGAGGCGAAACAAAGGAAAACCCAAAUAUGGACUUUCACGGUGAUGUGAAGGAAAUGGAAAUUUCAGAUGACGAAGUAUCACCGAGAGGUGUAUUGGAAAACCCUGUAUCGAGUACGGAAUCCGAUCACAGUGGGCACAGCAUCAGUAGCCCAGGCUCGAGUCCGAACGAGAAAUCCUUAGUUCAACGAGCGCUUGAGAGUAAUGGGUCGCAGUGGAAGUCCAUGUUUGGUGCUCUGAAGAAGAAAUCUGUGAGACGGUUCUCAACAAUCCCAUUGUUGGCUACCAGCUACGAGAUCUCCAGGAAGAAUCUGAGGAGGAAAUUGGCUCGGAUUGGAGGCACCGAUGAAAAGAUUAGUGUUGAAGGUUUUCCUAUGACAAAGCCUUCAUGGAGGAACUUUGAGUAUGCAGAGCUUGCGGCUGCUACUGACAAUUUCAACCCUGAAAACUUGAUCGGGAAAGGGGGGCAAGCAGAAGUUUACAAGGGGCAUUUGGCCGGAGGUCGAGUGGUAGCAGUAAAAAGACUUAACAAGAAAGAGAAAGAAAAUGAAGAUAGAAUUGCUGAUUUCUUAUCAGAGCUUGGGAUCAUUGCACAUACAGACCACCCAAAUACUGCUCGGCUGCUUGGUUUUGGCAUUGAUGGUGGUUUGCAUCUAGUCCUUGAAUUUUCCCCACAUGGCAGCCUCGCUUCUCUGCUUUUCGGUUCACCAGAGUGUAUGGAAUGGAAGCUAAGGUUUAAAGUCGCACUUGGGAUAGCAGAAGGGUUGCACUAUCUCCAUCAUGAAUGCCAUAGGCGAAUUAUUCACAGAGACAUAAAAGCCUCCAACGUAUUGCUUACCAAAGACUACGAAGCUCAGAUUUCUGAUUUUGGACUGGCAAAGUGGCUCCCAGAAAAAUGGACUCACCAUGUUGUCUUCCCCAUUGAAGGCACAUUUGGAUAUUUGUCUCCAGAAUAUUUUAUGCAUGGAAUUGUGGAUGAGAAGACUGAUGUAUUUGCAUAUGGGGUUUUAUUGCUGGAGCUUAUAACAGGUCGUCGUGCAGUUGAUUCCCAACAAAGCCUUGUGAUUUGGGCAAAACCACUGCUGGACUCGCGCAAUUUUAAGGAACUAGUAGAUCCUCGAUUAGGAGAUGCAUUCGAUCGCGAAGAGAUGAAACGAACCAUGCUGACGGCUUCAAUGUGCAUUCACCAUCAAUCCAGCAAGCGCCCCUUCAUGACUCGGGUAAUUAAGCUACUGAAGGAUGAAGAUGGACCUAUAGAGCUGAAGCAGAAAUCUACAGCAGUGAGAUCACUGAUUUUAGAUGCUUGUGACUUGGAAGAUUAUACUUGUUCAAGCUACCUCAGUGACCUCAAUCGCCAUAGACAACUUCUAAUGGAGUAAUGAUAAUGCCAGCAUUAUUCCCGUUAGGCUACGAGUACCGCCACCACCACUGCCUCUGCUGCUUGGGCAGCUUGGUGUUGUUACUUUUGCGUGUGAAGGUUUUAGAAUGGUGUUAUUGGCCCUCUUCUGUAUGUAUUACGAGUUUGGAAGUCAAGGUUUUCACCAUCCUGCGUAGUGUGUAGCUGUCAAGAACAUGAAGGAUUAUGGUUUGUCAUGAAAAUAUUAUAAUGUAAAACAAACGCAUAGUGAGAGUGGAACUCUGAUUCCACAAAGCAACUAAUGUAAACAAGGAAAGAGAGAAAAAGUGUCAUUAACAGGGUGGUUUUACUGCAAUUUCACAUCGCCUGAAGAUCAAUUAUCAAUUA